AUGGAUGAUAGUGGUCAGAGGAACAGAAUACGGAGCGUAACUGAACCAUCUACUCCUUUGAGACGAAGUUCUCGAAUAGACCAAAGUUUUGCAUUUUACUCACACAGACAGAGGACCAUAUUCAGAACUAGUGAUAUCCAUUUACCUCCACAUGAGUUACCGUCAAUUGCCGCAAAGUUAAGCCAAGAAAGUAACUCUGCACCUGGGUCACUGAGAAGGUCAAGACGUAGGUCCCGGUCCCGACCUACGACCCCACAAACAGGGAGAGAUUCUAUAUCAGGAUUAUCAUCAGGUACCUUGACACCUACGAGAAACAAUAAGAGACGAAGCUCUAGUAAUUUUACAAUGGGUAAUAAAAGAAGGAAAAGGCGAUCUCUCAUUGUGACGGAGAAUGGAGUAACGGCGUUGGACCCGAAUUAUAUUGGACCUAUAACGAUUGACUACUUGCGAUUGUUCUGUAAAAUUACGAUAGAAGAAAAAGCCGAGAAAGAGAACUCUAAAACUGAAGUUCAUGAUAGCGACCCACCAGUCGAACCACAAGAAAACACACCAGCUAGGUCGCCUGGAAUUGGUGAUCGAAUGGAGACACGUAAUAUUCCGAUAUUUAAUGAUUUUGAUCAAUCCUUACCACUUCCAGACGUCGAAGGCAUUCCAGUUUCUCCAGAAUCCGAUGAUUUAGGACCACUAUACGACCCCGUUGAAAUCGGAACACCACCGAAAACUACAUUCUCGUACUUGGAGCGUAUAUUGGCGGCACAAGCUAAAAGAAAUCAAAAGGUAGAUAAGGAGACUGAACAUAGCUUUCAUAAGAAAACUCCAGAUGAAGGUAAUAUGCAAACUAUAGAUUCAAGUUCAAUGCAAACUCAAUUUAUUAUAGAGGAUAACAGUGCCCAUAUUAAGAAUGUUCCUCCAAACGAUUUGAAUAUACGUUCAAAUAUUGAGCCGGAUAAUAAUACUGGACCUAAAGUAGAAGAAAGUUUGUUUGUUCCUGAAGAAAGUUCAGGCAUUGAUGAGCCGACACCAUAUAAUGAACAAUUGUUAGAUAAUAAACAAUUGUUGGAUAAUGAACAAUCGUUAGAUAAUGAACAACCGCUAGAAUAUGAACAAGACAACAAUGAAUUUGUUGGCAUGAAUGACGAAUAUAAUGAUAUUGAGGAUAAGAUGAAUAUAAGUGACUUAUCUAAACCAGACCAUUUAUCAGAAGCUAUAUCAACACCAACAAGGACUCUUCUAGAAUUUACUACCCACGAGGAAUUGGAAGGACGGUCACCAACUUCUCCAAAUGCUGUGGUAAAUGAAGAAUAUACAAUUGAUAAUGAUUUCAAUAACGAUUUGUUUGAGGAGGCAUUUGAUACAAAUAAUGAACAUAAUGAAAUUGAUAAUAGCUUGGAUAAGCAAACUGACAAGUCUACUGGAGCUCCGGCUACUAGGAUAACAAGAAGUAAUAAAACUAAAAUAGAACGAAGUCAUUUACCAUUACCUAUAAACAUGGUAAAGAAUGUUGUCAAAUUAUUGCAAGCUGCACCUACAAGGGGUAAUAGUACUGCUACUAAUAAACAGAGAAAUACCCAGAAAGUCAAGAGACUUACACCUGACAUCUAUGAGUUUAUUCAACAAAAGUCGGAUGAUUUCAUUCUGAAUGUUGUAGCGGACUUAGAGGCAUACUCGGGACAUCGGACUAAUAACAAAAGUAAUCAAAUCAAUAUCAAAGAUGUUCUUCUUUAUUUAAAUAGAAUUAAAUUUAGUUCUGGGGGUGAAAAUAGGAUACAGGAGGUUGAUAAUAUAACAAACUUGGCUUAUAAGUUCUUACCCUUGGAGUUGCUUAUUUCACUUGAUAAUAAUUUACAUGGCCGAGUUAAUAGACAGAAACCCAAGACUUAUGAAGAAGAAAAUCACUCGGAGAGCUUUGAAACUGAUAGUGAAUCAGAUUACAAUAAUGAGCCUGCUCUGAAACGAGCAAAUUCGGCUCAGCAUAUAAGACAUUUGAAAACAUUUAGUGAUAGUGAAACUGAAUAA